GCCUCACCAUCACCACUGCUGCCUGUCACACGUUACUGCGCCCACGCCACUCGACCCCGCCAAGCACCGCCAUGUCUGGCUCACCACCCCCCGAGGAGCGCGCAAAGGCCGACGCCGAUGCCCGCGCAAAGGAGCAGGCCGAGCAGGCCGCGCUGCCCUACAGGUGGGAGCAGACGAUCAAGGACGUCGACAUCACCAUUGCCAUCGACGCCAAGUACAAGGGAAAGGACCUCGACAUCGCCAUUGCGCGCAACGCCAUCAAGGCCGGCAUCCGGGGCCAGGAGCCGAUUCUGCACGGCGACCUGCCUCACCCCAUUCGCGUCGACGACUCCACCUGGACGCUGGCCUCGACGGCUUCGGGCAAGGAAAUCUCCAUCCACCUGGACAAGGUCAACCAGCUCGAGUGGUGGCCCCACGUCGUCACCACGGCCCCCAAGAUCGACACCUCCAAGAUCCAGCCCGAGAACAGCAAGCUCGGCGACCUCGACGGAGAGACGCGCGGAAUGGUGGAGAAGAUGAUGUAUGACCAGCGCCAGAAAGAGCAGGGCAAGCCAACCAGCGACGAGCAGAAGAAGGCCGACAUCCUGAAAAAGUUCCAGGAGCAGCAUCCUGAGAUGGACUUUUCCAAUGCCAAAAUCGGCUGAUGCGCGUUGCUGCAGCUACGAGGACAUUACGACGAUUACGCCCAUGUGCAUGUACACUAUUACGAGUAAGAGUUGUGGAGGAGCUACAGGGUCACACCAGGGCUGCACAGAUCGCUUCGCGGUGCCAGACCAGGAAGUGCUGACAGAAACGGACCAAAACACACCAAAAGAAAUUGGGUGACUGUAAAUACGAUUUCUGCAAGCAUAUAAUCCUAGUCCGGCAGUCUGAGAUGAAUGCUAAUUACUCGUGGCUCCAAGUAUGCGCACCCAGCUUGGUCUUGCUCGUCAACACAUGCACGUCGAUGCAACUCGUAGCCGGUGGGCUGUAUACAGCAAGAAUGAAUUCUAAC